AUGCCGCUUUUCUCAUCCCCAAAGAGGGAUCUGAGCCAGGAACGCGAUGAGAGGCGACCGAACGGUUCAAAUGGCGCCAUCCAUGACCCCGAGGAAGGUGACCAGGUCGCUCCAGAUGAGCAUACUCGACUGCUACCAAACCGCGUCAACUCAACCCAACCUGGUCUGCUUGCACCCGAUGAUCCUGCAGUAUCUCCCUACAACCUCUGGAGCAUUCGGGCAUUGCGAUAUCUGACGAUUGCUUUCACCUUGAUGACCCUAGUCUUCUGGAUCUUGCUUCUAGUGUCCACCUUUGUGACACCACCUGGCAUCAAUACUCGUGGCAGCCCUUGGUUUGCUUUCGGCUUUGCGACAUGGACGCUCGUAAACCUCAUCUUCACGCUUCUCUUCUUCGAGGUGCCAUCCAAAUCUGUCAGGAUUCUGGCCAUUUUCAUGUCGGGCGUUAUUCUCCUCGACAUGAUUCUUCUUUUGUCUGUGCAGAAGACUCGCUAUGAAGAAGGCUGGAUCGGUGCCAUCAGCGUCAUCUGGGCUCUACUCACCAGUCUCUGGACGCUUUUGGUUGACCGCAUGGUGAAAUGGGGCAAGGCCGAAGAGGAACAGCGCUUAACCGGUCGAGCCGAGACCAGAAGGACCCUCUUCGAAUGGUCCGAGGUCAUGAUCUCAACUGUCGCCUAUGCCGUCAUGUCAGUUGCUGUGUUCCUCAUUACUCUAACCAUCAUCCUUCGAGCUCUCGAUGCAGGUGUGCCGCCUCCAGGAAAGCUGCACUGGGUAGACAAUGAGAAAUAUCGCAUCCAUGUCUACUGCCACGGUAACAAGACUGACUCCAAGGGUAACGAGUUACCCACGGUUUUGUUCGAGGCUGGCGAGCGAACCGUCGAACACGAGUUCUGGAACUUUGCCGACAACGCUGUCAAAAAUGGAUCCAUCUCACGAUAUUGCUUUGCUGACCGGCCUGGAUACGGCUGGUCGGACAAUGCGCCCUCCCCUUCGUCGGCAGGUUUCGUUGUUGAUACCCUUAGCGAGGCUCUUGCCGGUGCUGGCGAGCAUGGACCGUGGAUUCUUGCGAGUGCCGGAAUUGGUUCAAUUUACUCAAGGGUCUUCUCAGCACGACAUGGAGACCACAUCAAAGGCCUACUCCUUGUCGACCCUCUACAUGAGGAUCUACUCGAUGAUGUAGCAUCGCCCAGCCGAGGAUUUAUUCUCUGGCUCUGGGGUGUUAUCUCUCCGCUCGGACUGGACCGAAUCCCUGGUGCUAUCUUCCGCGGACGAACGAGCCGAGACCGAGUAUACGGGCGAUCAGCACAGCAGAACGGCAAGUUCAUCUUUGCCAAGUUGCAGGAGAGUCUGGUGGCCGGCUCUUUCACUCGACGAGAUGCGCAAACCAGCCGUCAGAUUCAGGACAAGGACACGCCGCUUGUUGUCAUCAGCUCUGGCAAGCACAUCAAGAGCAGCCACACAUGGGAGAAGAAGCAGCGAGAUCUGACCAAGCUGACGGAGAACCUGAAGAGCUGGGACAUUGUCGACGGGGCUCCUCACGAGGUCUGGAGUACUGUCGAAGGCCGAAAGAAGAUUGAAAAGAGACUCAAAGAUCUUGUGCACGCUUGA